CAGCUUAUGCUAUCUUCAGCUGAUGGUUUGGGAAGUAUAGCUAUAGAUACCACACAACUUAACAUGUCGGUCACUGAUCCAACGGCUUGGGCUACAGCUAUGAAUAACCUGGGGAUGGUCCCAGUAGGACUAGCUGGACAGCAGCUUGUGACAGAUUCGAUCUGUGUACCAGGCUUUGAUCCAAGCCUUAGCAUGAUGACUGGAAUCACUCCAAUUAACCCAAUGAUACCGGGCAUGGGAUUAGUGCCACCACCACCACCAACAGAUGUGCCUGUAGUCAAAGAAAUAAUUCACUGCAAAAGCUGCACACUUUUCCCUCCAAACCCAAAUCUUCCACCACCUUCAACAAGAGAGAGACCUCCUGGGUGUAAAACAGUGUUUGUUGGAGGAUUACCAGAAAACGCAACGGAGGAAAUUAUUCAGGAAGUCUUUGAGCAGUGUGGAGAUAUAACAGCAAUUCGGAAAAGCAAGAAGAAUUUUUGUCACAUUCGUUUUGCAGAGGAGUUCAUGGUUGAUAAAGCCAUUUACCUUUCUGGUUACCGCAUGAGAUUAGGAUCUAGCACAGACAAAAAGGAUUCAGGUCGCCUUCAUGUUGAUUUUGCUCAGGCAAGAGAUGACUUUUAUGAAUGGGAAUGCAAACAAAGAAUGUUGGCCAGAGAGGAACGCCACAGACGCAAAAUGGAAGAAGACAGACUGCGCCCUCCUUCUCCUCCAGCAAUAAUGCAUUAUUCUGAACAUGAAGCUGCUUUGCUGGCUGAAAAAUUGAAAGAUGAUAGCAAGUUUUCAGAGGCCAUCACAGUGCUGCUUACCUGGAUCGAGCGAGGUGAGGUGAAUCGGCGCUCUGCAAACCAGUUUUAUUCAAUGGUGCAGUCGGCCAACAGCCACGUCCGCCGCCUGAUGAAUGAAAAGGCUGCUCAUGAGCAAGAAAUGGAGCAAGCCAAGGAGAGUUUCAAAAAUGCCUUAACAGGGAUCCUCACGCAAUUUGAGCAGAUUGUCGCCGUUUUCAACGCUUCUACCAGACAAAAAGCUUGGGACCAUUUCUCGAAAGCCCAGCGAAAGAACAUAGACAUAUGGCGAAAGCAUUCUGAGGAGCUCCGAAAUGCUCACAGUGAACAGCUCAUGGGAAUCCGCCGGGAAGAGGAGAUGGAAAUGUCUGAUGAUGACAGUGGUGACAAUCCCAGUAAAAAGCUCAGAGUAGAUGAUUCAGCUCUAGCCGCCCAAGCGUAUGCACUAAAGGAAGAGAACGACAGUCUGCGAUGGCAGCUGGAUGCUUAUAGGAAUGAAGUGGAGCUCCUGAAACAGGAGAAAGGACAGCUCUUUCGAACAGAAGAAAGCCUUACAAAGGACCAGCAGCUGCAGUUCCUGCAGCAGACAAUGCAAGGCAUGCAGCAGCAAUUACUGAGCAUACAGGAAGAAUUAAACAACAAAAAGUCUGAACUGGAACAAGCCAAGGAAGAGCAAACACAUACUCAAGCAAUGCUUAAAGUCUUGCAGGAACAGUUAAAAAGCACCAAGGAAUUAGCAGAAAUCAAUGGGCAUGAUGAAUCUCAGGCAAAUGAAAUCAAUGUAUUGACAGUAGCAUUGGUCAAUCAAGACAGAGAAAAAAAUUCAGAGAAACGAAGCCCGGGUCUAAAAUCAGAGAAAGAGGCACUACUAAUAGGUAUCAUAUCUACAUUUCUUCACGUCCACCCUUUUGGAGCCAAUAUAGAAUAUCUUUGGUCUUACAUGCAGCAGCUGGACUCCAGGAUCUCUGCAAAUGAGAUAGAAAUGCUUUUGAUGAGACUGCCACGCAUGUUUAAACAAGAAUUUACUGGUGUAGGAGCAACACUGGAAAAGAGGUGGAAGUUUUGUGCCUUUGAAGGAAUUAAAACUAUCUGA